AUGCGUAACAGAUUAAAUCAAACGGUGGCAAAUUAUUUCUAUGACGGAAUCUGGCACUUUUCGCAGGAUUUUAUUGAUGAGUUCCCUCACAUUGUUUGUGAUAUUUUGCUUCUGCCUAUCGGUGAUGAUGAGGAUGUCAGACUUUGGAAACCGUCGGUGCAUGGGGAUGUUACUUCUGCCCUUGCUUUUGCUGCUAAUUGUCACCGUUUCCCUUGUGUUUCUUGGGGUCGCUGGUUAUGGGAAAAUUACAUUCCUAGGCUGAAGACAUUUGUUAUGUUUUCUGGUCUUGCGAUAAAGUGCAACCGGUCUGGGCUGAAUUCCUGGUCUAUAAAGUGGAGCUCGCAAAUUAAUGUUUUCUGGAAACUUGGAGUUGUUUCGGUGAUAUGGGCGAUAUGGAAUGCGCGUAAUAAAAGCCAUUUUGAUGGAGUAUAUUUUCAGAGUCGUGCUAUCCUUAGCUUUAUCAAAUCGGCUUUCCUGGAGGUGGAAAAUUCUUUUGCCAAAAUUGGCUGUACUAACAACACCUGGGCGGACUACCUCAUCACUCGAAAUUUAGGUGUUAAAGUGAAGCAACGGCCGCCGUCGGAGUUCGCCUCGGUUUAUUGGUCACCGCCGGCGUUUGCUUGGAUCAAAGCAAACACGGAUGGUUCGGCGGUUGGGGCGCCUGGUCGUAUUUGUGCAGGGGGAGUUUUCAGAGAUUGGCGAGGUUUUGUAAGGGGUUGUUUCCAUGUGGAAGGAGGUACGGGGUAUGCGUUUGAGGCGGAGCUAUUAGGUAUUAUUACGGCUAUGCCCAUCAUUGUGGCUGGUUGA